UUUUAAUCGAAUAGUCGUCGGGGGCUACAACACUAAACGACUUAAGGUAAGGGAUAAAACUGUGCAAUUAUUUUUUGGAGUUCAUCCUGGUAAAGAGAGAUAUCGUGAAUUAAUGUCCAUAGCAACUAGAAAUGCAGACGGUAUUCUUCUGGUUUAUGAUACUGCAAACAAUCGUACUUUUGAGAAACUUGGAGAAUGGUGUGACACAAUGAGGAAAUUAGCUCCAGAAGCAAUCAUAUUCAUAGUUGGUGCUCGAUCUGACCUUUUUCAUAAAAGGGAAGUACUUUUUAAAGAAGGCCAAAAUUUUGCCAAAAGUGAAAAUCUCGAAUUUUUUGAAUGCAGUGCCAAAACUGGUGAAAAUGUUGAAGAAAUUUUUGAACAAAUGACUUUGAGAAUACUCGAAAAGCAAGAAUUGAUACCAUUUAUUCCUCCUGUUAAAAUUGAAAUAGAAGGAAAGUCUCCGGAAUGGAAGCAAAACAAGUACGUGCCUGCUACGCGCACUAACGAGGAAGAAAUACUCAAUGGAUCUGCUAAUAAAACAGAAAUUCUUCCCCAAAAAGAUGCAAGUUAUCCAGAAGAUAGCGAUUCGGAGUCUAGAGCUGAAGUAGAGAACAUGAUUGUGAUAAAAGAAGAUAUUAUUGGUACUCAAUCAAGCAGCAAAUUAAAACCUUUAGAGCUAAACGAAAAUUACCAUCCUCCGAAUGAUAAAAAAGAUGUGAUUCCGAAAGUAGAAAAUUAUAUGCUUUCAGAAGAAGAGAUGCUACUGGAAGGAAAAUGUCCAGCGUGGUUUGCUUGAAAAAAAAAGAACUGUUAUUUGGCUCCCUUUAAGUUAUGAUGGUUAAAGAUAAGCUUGUUUUUCCCUCAUAGUUUUAAAAUUUUAUCUGACAAUUUUUUAUUGUUAUUUUGUUUUUGCAAAUUCUACUUAUAAUGGAUGCUACAAGACGUAACAGGCUGUACUUGUUGGUACUAUGAAACACAGGCGAUGAUAGCUUUCUCUAUCAGAGAUUCAAUUGAAGACGCGGUAUGAAAUGUGCAGAUUGUAACUUCAUUUUCAGAUUAAGCAAACCAUUGUAUUGUUUGGAAUCAAAUUUUAAAGUAAAUUUUCUUAAUUGUUUUUGAAAUAUAAUUAUUAAAAAAAAAUUCGUUCA